AUUAAAAAAAAAAAAACCCCUCAUUGUGAAUCCUCGCUCCAUUUCUGAUUGUCUUCCUCAUUGACAUAUUUGAACAUAAGUCGUACAACCAUAGAGGUAUUAACUUUUCAGAAGUUUCACAAUAUGAUUCAUUAUAUAAGUGUUUAUUCAUAAUGCGUUGCUGACUCCUGUGGGUUAGUAAUUAGCACAUCUUCUUUUCAAAUCUCUCCUCUCUCUAUCCUUUUUCACAAUUAAUCUAAGUACGAGCACGAGCACGAUGGAAACAGCAUUGAGUAGGAGUACUCAUGAUAGAGAUGAUGCCACAGUAUCAAUGCUCUUUGAGGCCUCAGUGGAAGGAUCUGUAGUGACCUUGAACUCCUUAUUCCAAGAAGACCCUUUAAUUAUGACAAGAAUUUCACUCACCACUUCCACUAAAUCUCCUUUGCACAAUUCAGCUGCGCUCAACCACCUGGAUUUCACUAAACAACUUCUGAAGCUGAAACCGCAGCUUGCUUCGGAGCUGGACUCCUUCAAACGCUCGCCUCUUCACUUGGCUGCGGCCGAGGGGCACAUGGAGAUAGUCCGAGCCUUGCUACACGAAAAUAAAGAUGUUUGCUUUGUUAAAGACAAAUAUGGAAAAAUCCCUCUCCACUAUGCCGCCAUGAGAGGCCGCGUCGACGUAAUUCGACUUCUGAUUGAUGCCCAAAGUGAGUCGGUCUUUGAGGUGCUUCCAAGUGGAGAAACAGCUCUACAUCUAUGCGUUCAGCAUAACCAUUUGGAGGCUCUCAAACUGUUGGUGGAAGCAGUGGAUCGUCACAACGCCGAGUUCCUCAACGCCAAAGACCGAGAAACUCAGAACACUGUUUUGCAUUUAGCUGUUAUGCUGAACCAAGUUGAGACUGUAGAAUACUUGGUUUCCACACCUGGUGUGGAAGAAGACACCUUAAAUGGAAACGGCUACAAAGCGGCUGAUCUCCUAGUCCUUGACGACCCUUCAACAGAUUUUAACACCGUCAGAAUCCGACACCUCAUGGGUAUCGACAGCAACCACCAUCCAAAAUCAAUGUAUCGGAUCUCCUGGGUCACUGAGCUUCUGACAGAGUACAAGAGAGAUUGGCUGAAAGAGAUGAGAGGGUCAAUCAUGGUGGUAGCCACCGUAAUAGCAUCCACUACGUUUUACACCGCAUUCAACCCACCGGGCGGUGUCUGGCAAGAAAGUACAAACACCACCGACAUCGACCCUAAUGCACCCUUUAACUGCGACAAAAGAGCAUGCAUGGCCGGAACAGCGGUGCUGGCUUAUGCCUGGACAGAUGACUUUCUCACAUUCAUAGAAUACAACAGCGUUGCCUUUCUUGCUGCGCUUAGUGUCGUGCUUUUGAUAGUCGGCGGAUUCCCUCUCAAGAGCAAGAUUGGCAUCUGGCUCUUGACUAUGGUCAUCUGUGUCACUUUGACGUUUACGGCUCUCACUUUCCUCCAUGGGAUAUUCUUGGUCACUCCCGACCAUGUUUUGGGUCCCGUAACAUAUAUCUACAAGACGUCGUUUAAAAUUUGGAUUGGGCUCCUUGUAGCCAUCGGUGUUUAUCACACGAUUCACUUCAGCAUGUGGGUUUACAAGAUUUUGCGGAGGGGGAGGAGCGAUACGAUAAUCUUGAUGAGGCGUCAGUGGCUGGCGCCUUGGUUUUGUAGUUGUGGGGUACGUUACCCUUAGUUAAUGGCUGCAUAUGCUAAUAGAAGAAGAAAAAUAGCAAGAGAGAAGGGAAUUAAUGGAGACGAUACCCAUCACUUGCAAAGAUUGUAUUAAUUAAUUAUGUUAUAUCAUCAUCAUCUUAGAAUAAGUAGAAUUAGCCGGCCGGUGAGCGUGUGUGGCUCUUGCUCUUACCUGUACGUCGUGACCCCAGACGAGAUUUUAUCUAUAUAAAGAUGUGUGUAUUGGGUGGGUCUGCGCUCAUUAUGCCGCGCGAACGUCCGACUUAUAUAUAUUGUAAUGUGUAUUGGAUUUCUUUUUCUUCCAUUACUAGAGUAGUGAUGCUUGUAUGAGUAGUGGUUUAGAAUAUGUGCACACACUAAAACGAAAUAUCAUAAUUUUAAUUAUGUAUUUUCUCUUUUUUAUGUAUGAUUACUAUUAUUUUUGAAAGUGCGAGAACAUAUUUUUAUUACUUA